AUGCACUGGCUGAACUCAUCACCGCGUCGCUGGAAACCAUUUGUGGCCAACAGGGUGGCACAAAUAAAGGAAGAAACGCGUAUCUCCAGCUGGCGUCAUGUUCCUGGAGUUGAUAACCCAGCGGAUGACAUCUCGCGCGGGCUGAAUCCGGAAGAAUUGGUGCAGUGUUCACGUUGGUGGCAUGGGCCGAGUUGGUUGUCCUACGGACAAGAGAAGUGGCCCCAUGAUCAACCGGCGAUGAAGGAAGGCGAGGUUGACAUCGAAGAGCGACUGGCAGUCUCCCACAUUGUCACUACAUCUACGAUGUGUGAUUUUAGCACUGUGAUACUGUUCGCCAAAUACUCAAGGGCAACCAAGGCAUCAUCGUGCAAGCGCGUUAAGACAAAGGCGGACAUCAAGACGUUGCUGCACUCCGUUCCACCGCUUACAGCAGUGGAGCUACAGCAAGCCGAGCUGCGUUUGUGGCAGGUAGCACAACAGGAGUCGUUCGCGGAAGAGCUGGUCGACCUACAACGAGGGAAGCAGGUUAGUGCGAGAUCGAAGCUGAAGUGGUUGUCCCGAUACAUCGACGCACAGGGUGUGUUACGUGUCGGUGGCCGGCUAGGUAAUGCCAACAUCCCGGAGGCAACGAAGCAUCCGACAGUCCUUGCAGCAUCACAUCGUCUGUCAGUGCUAUUGGCAGAAAGGGUCCAUCAGCAGGAGAUGCACGCCGGACCACAAGCAAUGUUAACCAUACUGCGGCAGAAGUUUUGGUUGAUUGGAGGCCGAAAUAUGGUAAAGCGUGUGUAUCACCAGUGCCACACUUGCUUUAGAAACAAGCCGACGUUGGUGAAACAGGCGGUAGCGGAUUUGCCUGAGUCGCGGGUAACACUAACGAGACCGUUUGCGGUGAGUGGGGUGGAUUAUUGCGGUCCGUUCUUGUUGAAGUCUACCAUCCGCAAUCGCAGUCCCACCAAGGCGUAUAUCGCAAUAUUCGUCUGCUUCGCGACCAGGGCAGUUCAUAUCGAACUGUUGUCCUAA